AUGAGCGAUCGAGGUUGCUACCUAUGCGAAGUGAAUACAGAACCAUCCAGCACCAUUUACGCAGUCUUUCUUGAUGUUCAAGAACCUCCACCACCACCACCUGCUGCUCACAAGAAGGGCACUCUUCUAAUGGCGAACAUGGCCGGUGAUGAGGUGCUUCUGAAUUGUACGGUAUCAGUUGGCGGCGAACCAGCAGCUGACGAGGAUGAUGUCGUAUGGACUCGUGAUGGUAAAGCGAUGAAUCUCAACGAUACCAACAAAUACAUCUGGAAGGUGAAGCGAUCAGCUGGAGUAGUCGUGUAUACGGUCCGAAUUCGUAAAGCAACUAUGGAAGACGACGGCGACUACGCCUGUGAAAGUCGGCAUCAGCGAGCCAGCCAAAUCGUUCAUGUCAAUAAAGCCGAAGCUCAGCGAAGUUCAUCGCUGUCAUUGGCGAUGCUGUCAACUCAACUCACAGUCCUUAUGAUUGCUGGGCGAAUUUUGUGA